GUUAAGUUGUAGUGACUCCUCAGAGUUAAAAACGAAGGUUUGGAGAGGUUAUAUGGCUUGUCCAAGGACACAUAGCAAUUUUAUGACACAGGUAGGACUGAAGCCCAAGUCUGCCUGACUCCUGGUGCUUUCUCCUCCAUGGUGGGCAUAACCUUUCUCGUACAUCCCUCUCACUUUGCCUCUCCUUAGUCUCUGUCCAGCAGGAUGACUGCAGAGAACUUCACGUGGGCCCCUGCUGAAUUCAUCCUCCUGGGCAUCACGGAUCGCUGGGACCUACGUGUGACCCUCUUCCUGAUUUUUCUACCAGUCUACCUGGUGAGCCUGCUGGGAAAUGUGGGCAUGGUGCUGCUAAUCCAAGUGGAUGCCCGGCUCCACACACCUAUGUACUUCUUCCUGGCCAACCUCUCCCUGCUGGACACCUGCUAUUCCUCAGCCAUCGCCCCCAAGAUGCUGGUGGACUUACUGCUGCCCCACGCCACCAUCCCUUACACGGCCUGUGCCCUUCAGAUGUUUGUGUUCGCAGGGCUGGCUGAUGCCGAGUGUUGCCUGUUGGCAGCGAUGGCCUAUGACCGCUACGUGGCCAUCGGAAACCCCCUUCUCUACACAACAGCCAUGUCGCAGCGUGUAUGCCUGGCCUUGCUGGGAGCAUCAGGCCUGGGCGGGGCAGUGAGUGCCAUUGUCCACACGACUUUCACCUUCCGCCUGAAUUUCUGCCGCUCCUGGGAGGUCAACAGCUUCUUCUGUGAUAUCCCUCCACUGCUGGCCAUCUCCUGCAAUGACACCAGUCUCAAUGAGCUCCUCCUCUUUGCCAUCUGUGGCUUCAUCCAGACAGCCACGGUGUUGGUUAUUGUCGUGUCAUAUGGUUUCAUUGCCGGGGCUGUGAUUCGCAUGACCUCGGCUGAGGGCCGUCGGCGAGCAGCCUCUACCUGUGGCUCCCACCUCACGGCUGUAACCAUGCUGUAUGGGACACUCACUUUCAUGUACCUGCGUCCCAGCUCCAGCUAUGCCCUGGACACUGACAAGAUGGCAUCCGUGUUCUACACUCUUGUCAUCCCAGCUCUCAACCCUCUCAUCUACAGCCUCCGCAACAAGGAGGUCAAGGAGGCAGUCAGAAGAACCUGGAACCGAUUCCGCCGUCCAGGUCUGGAGCACGAAUGA